ACUUCUCGGUCCCUGUCGAUAUACACGACCGUUUAAAGAUCCUAUCGUUCCAACAUCCCUCGAGAACCCACACGAAGGAAAGAAAUUCAGAUCCCGCCCAUCACACAACAUGCCCGUUCUUCCCAGGGUCGUCCCACGCGAUGAUGGGGGUGAUGGACUCUCCCCCGCAAUGGUCGAUCUGCUGAUCUGCCUUCUGGUCCUCAUUUUACUUGGCCUCGCCCUGGUUGGUGGCCUAAUUGUCUUGCGCCGAAAGCGCCAGAAUCGGAAACAGCUCGAGCUUCCCGUCCACAACGGCCAGGUCCCGAACCCGCGUCGCCUCACGAUAUCCGCGUCGCCCAACGCCAAGACGGAGUCCGUCCUCGUGUACGAUGAGAAACGCAGUCUGAUGGAGAACUCGUCCAGCCCGCCCCCCAGUCCCGUUCCCGAGAUCCGCAUCACGUUCCCGGAGGAAGAAGACGAGAUGGGGAAGCGCAAGUCUGGGCGAGUGGUCGUCGUACGAAUUACUGAUGCGGGUGGUGUGGGAUUGGAGCCCUGCAGCGAACAACUGCCCCCGUAUCAAUCCAGCGAUGCGGAGCGAUUCCAGUCGUUAGACAUCGACCGCAUGGGUGGACUCAAGGAGAAAGGUGACACGAGCAGAUGGUCUUGAAACAAUCAAAACAAUCUCGCAAUUAACGCUUGACCGCCAACCCUCCUUUUAAUCCCGACGAUACCCCCACCCAGCUCUGUCUUAUUCCGUUCAACAACGACCUUCCAAACAAAAACUUGACGAUUCUCUGGC